AUGAGAAUCGCUUUACUUUUGCCUGGAUUGUCCUCGACAGUGACGAUGGAGCAAGCUGAUGCUCUGGAAAAGUGGCAGAAAAUGUAUUUUCCGAGGGAGCUAGUCCGGAUGAAGAUUACGCCAUAUGGGCAGCUAGGUGUCUUUGCGGAAAAGGACAUUCCACGGGGCUCGAUUUUGCUGGAUAUUGAGUACGAGGAUCAGAUCACAGUAAAGAAAGCGAUACGGGAAUUGAAGACGAAGGUCAAAUUGAAAGUACCGACACUUGAUUGCGUCGACACACUAAUUUUGUACAUUUAUUAUGAGCUGAAGGAAGAAGAGGACUCGGAACUCCACCCGUUCUUUGAUGCAAUUACCAAGGAUUUUCGCUAUAUUCUCGCGAAUUGGGAUGAAAAAUACGAUGAAUUUCUAUCGCCUCAAGUAUUGAGAAUGAAGCAUAAAGCUCAAGAACUCAUGAAAAUCCGAUAUCAAAGAGCGCGAAAGGCUGACCAUGAGAUCCAGUUCAACGAGUUCAAUUUUGCCGCGAAUCUCGUUAUGAGCCGGCAAUUGUCCGACGCUCUUCCAGAUCCUUCUUCCAGGCCUGUUUGGUUUCUCGAAUCUUCAAACUGUCACAAACUGGCUCCGAUUUACGAUGUCUGGAAUCACGAAACGACGCCAAACUCUCACUACUUUAAUCCUCCGGGCUCAAGUCUUACGAUUUACGCAGCUAGGGAUCUCAAAAAGGACGAAGAGCUCUUCGUGACGUACGGUCCUCAUACUCAUCAAAAUCUCAUGCUUCUUGCAAUUUACGGAAUGGCGCUAGAAAGUGCCAAGGGCGAAAUCUUGUUCUUUUCGAAGGAAGAAAUCGAUGCUGCUCUCCCUGAACAACUCGCUUCAAUCAACGAAAAUGGUCCUCAAUCUAUGCUUCAUGGGAAACCCAGUGAUGAUUAUUUGACAGCUGAAUGCGAAAUUAACAUGGAAAAAUUACGAUCUUCGGACCCGAAUUUUUUCUUUCUAAAAGAGCAAUCCGAACAAGUUAGACAAUGUCGGAAGCCGGAAGAAGACUGGGUCGUUGAUAAAAACGGGCAUUGUGUAAAAGUCUUCUUGGUCCAUAAAUCCUGGAAUGACGCUCUUGAAUGCUGUAAAAAGAAGGGAGGAAAGCUUGUCACGAUCGAGUAUCCAGCAAAAGCCUUUGAGAUCAAGUAUCUUCUUCAAAAAGCGAGCAACUGGACCGAAGACCAAAUCUGGAUCGGCUACAACGACAAGGAAAACGAAGGCGUUUGGAUGGGCUGCAACGGUAAACCCGCUCCAGCCGGCUUCUGGCAUAAAAAUCAACCGGAUAACUGCUGUCGCGGGCGCUACGGCAUUUGGGAGCAGAACUGCGCGCUCAUGGGGUCACGUGGAUAUGUUACUUGGGAAGACCAAUGCUGCAAAUCGGAACGUCACCCAUUUGCUUGCCAAGUCGAGGACUGUGCCUUUCCCGGAGAAACGGACGACGAUAGUACCACAGGAGCUAAGCUUAUUUAA